GCUAUUGAAGAGCAGAGGGGUUAGUCUUGGCAGUCUUCAUAUACGCCCACAAGCAGAGUGGUGCGUUUAGUCUGGUGUAGUGUUUACCACAGCACUAAUAGGAUUGAUACUGAGACGUGGAGCUGUGAGUGCUGCAGGAGUCUGAAUGGGAUUCGCUGAACUGACAUAAUGUUUUGCAUGGGACAUUUACUGACAGAGCUUCAAUAAAGCCCAAUAACUACAGUUCUCAAAACAAAAGCCAGAUCAGACACUUCUGAUGUAAAACAUCUCGACAACAGCAAGGGAAUGGAGAUCAAGCAUAAUUCUAUGAAUCUUACUUUUUCGAUUGAGGACAAAAAUGGCAAUAACAUUACUUGCCCCAGUGAGCCCUCUCCCGAUUCAAUGAGGAGCUUGAGCAGUUUGAGUUGUGGAAGUUCAGACAGUCCUCCGGAUGUAGAAAUGAAGGAUUGCAUCAGUGAUGCUACCUCUAAAAAAACCUUAAAGAUAAGGUACCCUAGCACUUCCGGCAGCUUUAAAUGCACUGAAGUUGACUCCUACAAGCCAUCAAGACGUGGUUCCGGUGAGAACUGCUGUUCUGUCAGUUCUAGUGAGAUGGUGAUGAGGAGCAACAGCUUCAUCUUACAUGAUACUGAACAGCCACUUAACAUCUCAGUGCUUGGGAAGUCCAGGACCUCCUUGGAUAUAUCUUCUGACAUCGGUGUGGUGUCGGGCAUGUUACCCGAUGUCUGUGAGGGUCUUGGAGAAGAACAUCCAGCCAAGCUGUCAACAGGAGAAUCCAAGAAUAGGGCCUUAGAGUGUACCUUCAUUCAACCAGGCGAUCAGACCUUUCUCAUAGAGGGAGAUUUGAUUCAAUUGCCGGACAUCGAGAAACAUGAAUGUGCAACACCUGUUCAUCAGAAAUCAAGUAAAGAUGUGCAAAAGUUGCCGUGCAACACAGGUGGAGCCAGUCACUCGACUCCUGUGGAAGGGAAAACUGUGCACCUCAUGGCUUUGGAGGAUUUAGACAUCAGCGGGAACGCUCAAACCUCGACUCCGGUUCAGUCUGUAAGUAAUAAAACAUUUUGCCUUCCACCUCUUUCAGAGUCACCACUUCAAAAAGAUGAAGGUGAUUCAGUGAGCCCAAUGGCUCAGAUCAUCAAUAGGCAGGAAUGUGACGCCUCUCCAAAGCCCAAGUCAUUGAUGGCUAACAGAAGCAAAAAGGUAGAAAUCAAAAGGUUUCCCAAGCCUAACUUCAGUAAUAUAAAGUCUAAAAUUAUAUCCCGUGCCACCAACCCUUUCAAGACGUCAAGUGCACCAAAGACCUCAUCAAGCAACAUUCUUCAAGCUAAUGAAAGUGAGAAUUUGGAUCUUUCUUCUCAGCGCAAGUCAUCACCUAAUAAGUCCACCUCUCUGGCAGUCACCAACACCUGUGCUACACCAGCCCGACAUGUAAAGAGUUCUGUCGUGGUUAAAAGGACUCGCUCAUCCACUUGCCAAGAGAGCGGUCUGGCCUCAAAAUCUCGUCCUCGCCGGUGGUCUGAAAGCGCUACCCCUUUCAAAACUGCUACAGAUGGCUCGCAAGAAAAAAAUCAGAGGGUCAAUGGGACCUUGAGCAUCUCCGCCACACCACAGACUUUAUCUAAAGGAAGUGCUCAGAACAAGGAUGGAAAGAUCAAACCAGAUGGAUCCGAGUCGUCUAAAGAAGUUUUUCAAGGGAAUGAGUCACUGAAGGUUCGUGGGAAGAACCUGAAAAUCAGUUUGAUGGCCGUGUCUGCCAAGCUGGCGACAGGAGCGGCAGCAUGCGAGUGGAGUAGAGGCAGGCUUGGCCCUCAGCCAUCCCCAGCCAGGACGGGAGGAGCCUCUACUGCUCGCAUUCCAGGUCCAUUCCUUCGGCCUCCUCUCUCGGCUGCGUCUAAGAUCAAACUUGGGACAGCAGGAAAAGAUGACAGCAAUACCUUGGAUAUGCCUUCACCUAGAGUCCUGCUCUGCACAACUGAGGGAGGAGCCCAGUCCAGAACUGGCCAGUUUACAGCGCCAUCAACUUUAUUAGCCUCCAAACUGCCCAUCAAACCCAAAACGCAGGCUAAAACCUCCAGCAUUUCUCACACAAAUGGACACCCAAAGCAGGACCAGGCAGAGACCUCUUUGGGAGCCUUGAGUAAACCUCCAUCUAACAGGACCACACUUUUCAGAAGUAAACUACAAUCUCCAUCUACAAGAAGUGUACCAUCAGGAUGCAAGAACACAUCUUUAACAGGUCAAAGUUCAGCGAGGUCUUCAAGCAGUCCUCUGAAAACCCCAACCAAAGCUCGACCAAUGAGACCUGUUGUCACUCCAACAGUUGAUAGGAACAAGUCGAAGACAGCGUCACGAAACCUGCAGCCCCCAACAAAUGGCCAACCGGACCUGGUACCACCUGAAAGCAAGUCGAGGAGUGUGGAGUACUAUAAAGCGCUGUGCGAGAAGAAGAACCAAACCAUCCAACAGCUGGAGAACACGGUCCGAUCCGACAACCGCAGGUUCGAGGCUAUUGCUGUGGUUAUAAAGCACCUUUAUGCAGAGCAUGAGGAGGUGAUGAAGCAGCGCAGGGAGCUGUGUCAGGAGCUGAGCACCUUGCGUGAGGAGCUGGUGAGUUCAGCUCAGUCAUGUGAGCGUCUGGAGGAGGAGAAGGAGGAACUGCGUGGGGCCUUGGAUGGUGUUCUGCAGAAGGUUCAGGAGCAGCACCGUUUAGAUCUAGCUGACCUGGAGGAGAGGCUGAAGACUUUCUAUUCCACUGAGUGGGAGAAGGUCCAUCAGACCUAUCAGGAAGAGGCUGACAAGUGCAAAGCUCAGAUGGAGCAGCAGCUUGAGGAGUUACGAUCAAAACAUGAGGAUUUGAAGAAAGAACUGGAAGACAGCCAUGUAGAGGAGGUGGACAACCUUAAACUUCACUUUGAAGAAUCUUUUAAGGAGCUCCAACAGUCUCAAGAAAAAGAAAUGGAAACACUCAACACAACACUGAAGAAAUCAGAGGAAAUAUUAACUAAUCAAAUUCAGGAGCUCAUUGCCGAGAAUAACAACCUUAAAGAUAAACUCAAAGCCGAGGAGAUACGAAGAAAAGAUCUGGCUGAGAGAACGCAGGACUCCCACACUCUUUAUCUGGAGCAAGAACUCGAAAGCCUGAAAGUGGUGCUGGACAUCAAAAACAAGCAGAUUCAUGAGCACGACAAGAAACUCAUGCAGAUAGACAAACUGAUGGAUAAGAAUGUCAAGCUGGAUGAAUGUCUUAAGAAGGUGCAACAAGAAAACGAGGACCUCAAAGCCAGAAUGGACAAACAUGCUGCUUUAUCUAGACAACUGUCCUCGGAUCAGGCGGUUUUGCAGGAAUCUCUUCAGAAGGAAUCCAAAGUAAACAAACGAUUGUCAAUGGAAAAUGAAGAGCUGCACUGGAAGCUUCACAACGGAGAUCUGAGCAGUCCUCGCAAAGUCUCCCCAUCUACUUCCCUGACUCUACAGUCCCCGAGGAACUCUGGGAUAUUCUCCAGCCCUUCCGUCUCACCCAGAUAACAGUAGCCUUCAGCUUCCAGGAAGCACCGUCAUGGACUUUUAAAUGGACAGAGCACUUCCUGCAGUCUGGACCAUAUCGAUGGCUGGAAGCCUGUUCAAAUGGAAUGAACUUUUUAACUCUUGUAAAGAUGAAUGACAUUAAAGACUAUAUUGCACAGAAGCACUUACCAAUGAGGCCACCUUUGUAUUUUUGCCUUUUAUGUCUGACUGUGGAGUAAAAAAGGAAUCUCAGGGCUUGUAGGUUUCUCACAAGUUUGAUGUUUUUUUAAACCUCAGAGUAUUUGUCUCUUCCAGGAUUUAUGUUUUUUUCCGGUGUUUUGCAUUUGUUUGUUACUGGUUGUAUGAAUCUUUGAGGGUCUUUGACAAGUUACAAAGCUUUACUACCAGACGUCUUUAAGUGUGCCUGUGUUUUUCUUGGCCUGGAUGCAAAUAUCCAAGCGUCAGCAAGCCGGUGGUAAUUUCCCAGAUGCAUGUUGUGUUUGGCAUCCCUCAAGAUUUUUUAUUUUUAUUGUGGACCUCAGAUUCCAGAUGAAAUUAUCAUGAACUUUUUAAAGGAGCACUUCAUAGAUCAACGUAUGCUGUGAACUUGAUGCAGGUGCCUGUUGCAAAACUAUGCUGGUCUGCUUUGCCUGUUUCAAGACUUUUUAAUCAUCUGCUAAAUGUCUUGUCAUAUCAUCGGUGUAUGUGCUUUUGCAGAGAAUCUGUAAAAUGAGCAAGAUAAAUUAAUUCUAAAUAAUGGAUGGAAAAACCUGAAUGUCUGUAUUAGCAAUUAAUUCAGGAUGAUUUAUUUCUCCCAUCUAUGCAGGAUGAUUUUUUGUCCCAUCUAGGCACUCAGAUAUGCAGUCUAAUAAUAAUAACAAUGAUAUGCUGUAAAAUCUAAGCUUUGAUAUUGAAAUGGAAUGAGGUCAUUAUGACUGAAGACUUGUGCUGUUGGGAAUCUACGAUUUUUCAUAACUACUUGAAUACGGGUUUUGUAUCAUUUAGUAUGAUUGAGCUCUGCGGACAGAACUGAGUGUGCGUCGUAUUGUUUUUUUAUAAGUGUGUUUAUGAAAAUGAGACCAAACACAAUGUAAAUGACCGAGCAUGUUCCAGUGGCCUCAAGAGCACCCCCCACUGUCUGAAACCCCCACUGCAGCUUUAAAUCCAAGCUAGUAACAAAGACCUUUAAAGAUAAAAAUAGUUGUUUUCUGUUUUGAAAUGUAUUAUUAAGCUGUGUGAGUGAGUGUUGGUGUGAAACUGAAACUCCUGAAAAUAUGCAAUUAAUAAAGUCACAUGUUGAAAUGCAAAAAUUCACAUGUUUGUAAUUAUAAAGUA